UUUAUCAGUGUUAUCAGGACUGAGCUCCACUGAGACAAGGGCGAGGCAAGGCAGCGGGUCAGCCCCCACCAGUGCGACCCACACCCUCGGCCAGCCAGCCAGCCAGUCGACCAGCCACGCAGCGAUCGACACAAUACGUAUAUACUAACUUACCUGCCCGAUCUGUCUACAGAACCAGGUAGCAGGCCUCAUAUACCUUCCCGGCUGGGGCCCAGACACGCCACGUGCUUCCCUCCUCCCCUCACCCCAGCCUUCAGGCCGCACGAUGGGUCAUCCUGCCACGCACCGAGGGGUUCUGGCGCUGCUGCUGCUAGUGGUGGCGGCGAGCCCUGCGUCAUGGGCCCAGCAGCACGUCCCUGAGGCAGCCCAGGAGACUCAAGAAGUCGAGUUUCCCGUUGAGGAGCUGUUAGCGUCUCUGAGGGAGGUGCUGGACCAGUACGAGACCCUGGCCUUCCCGGGUAUUCCUACGAUCAACAUUGUCUCCGGAGAUCAAGUGAGCAUCGCCAUCUCCCUCUCGGAUCUCUACCUUGAGGGGCUAAAUAAUGUGAAGCCGUCGCUGGACCCUGGAUUAGCUGAACGUAGGGCGGCCCUCCAGCUGGAUUGGAAGAAGAUCAGCCUCCUGGUGGGAUCCUAUACCUCCAGCGGUCACAUCCUCAACCUCCCGUUCAAUGGAGAGGGACCCAUGUACCUCCGCCUCCAUGACCUCCUCGUCACCGUCUCCGUCAACUAUACGAUCAAAGUCAUACCAUCCGGAGUGUGUGCUGUGGCAAAUACCAGCGACUACGACUUAGACCUCAUACGAAUGGAGACUCACCUGGAAAACCUGAACAAGGGCACGGACCAGGGCCAGUUGGUGGACCUCGUCGUUCCUUCCUUCGGUCAAGACAUUGUGGAACGCCUGGAGGUCCUCAUCAAGAGCAAGUACUAUGACUUCCUCGACAAAACUCUUGUUGGACUCAUAAAUUAUGUCGCAUGUCCUACCAAGCCAGAGGGGGAUGUUCUGAAAACUGACGAGCUCAUGAGUGUGAUGAAAGACAUUGUCAAAGACUUCCUACCCACACUCCAAGAUUUUUAGACUGUGCUCCUAACUUGAAAGGCCAGACCAAGUGCCUCUUAAAACAAUGGUGUUUCCUGUAUCUUGUACAGUCUUUUCCUUUGUGCUUUGCUAUUGUGUUCGUAAACCUUUAUUUCAUUACUUGCACGUGCGGUGCCAGCCAUUGGCAUGGUUAUACUCACAGUGCGUGGCUUGCACCUCGUGAAUCGUGGAUCUAAAUCUUCUUCGUGACGUGACCCGCGGCAGGACGAGGAGGAACAUGCUCAAAGCUGAUUCUCCUGACGAGCAACGUUUGACUGACGUACGUAAUAAUAAUUAUUAUUGACCUUCGGUCUCAAAUAUAUUUUCUAAAAAUUAGCAAAUUCGUAUUGUAUUAAGAGUGGGAGUUGUAUCCUGACUGUAACAGCAGAAUGUACUUCCUGUACAGAUCAAGAUGUCAGGAUAGUCACCGAGCCCCGACUUGCAAAAAUUCAACUCAGUGUGACUGUGAGGCGAUACUUGAUUUAUGCCGUGCAUUAAAAUAUUUCAGUGUAAUCUACAUUAA